AUGCGCACAUCCCAGAUUCCUAAGGGAGAGUGGGAAAAGCUCGACAAGGUCUUACGACCGCUUUUGAAAGACACUCUCUAUCUCCCUCACCGUGCCACUAAUGACUACCUUUAUGGAAGCCCGGCCAGUGGAGCUGUUAACUUGCCGAUGGCUGCUGAGGAAUCAGAUAUCUUUGCGAUAGAUACAGCGUUCAAGCUUCUGACUUCGCGUGACACCUUUGUACGUUCUUUGGCCUGGGAGGAUCUAAACGAUACUGUGAGACAUCGCUUGCAACUGCGGGAUGAGGACCCGGAUGUUGCUGCCUUCCUCUCUGGCACUACUGAUGGAGAAUUCCGUAGAAGCAGCAACCGUAUUGGGAACAUCUGGACUGCUGCUCGUGCUGCCUCCAGGAGAUUGCAGGUCAAGUGGACGAUUCAGAAUUGCCUCCCUGUCAUCGAAGCCGGUGAUUUUUCAGCUACAGCUACAGCAGUACACCGCCGCAAUAUUGCCACCUCGAUCAGGAAGUCCUGUAAAUCCGUCAGAGAUGAACGCCUCCUGUCUCUCCCCAAUCAAGGAAAAACAUUGGAAUGUGUUGCCGCCUCAAAAGCCUCCACCCACUUUUUGCAAUCUGGAAGUUACACUCGAUUUGCUGAUUGGAGGUUCGUCCAUAAGGCCCGACUGAAUCUUGUUAGCCUUAAUGGCGCCAAGCCAUGGUCGAACCUUGACCCAAGAUGUCGCCGUUGUGGAGCCGACAGAGAAACUCUCCCACAUGUUUUAGAUCAUUGCAUGGCAUACUCAACCCUCUACAAAGAGCGACACAAUGCGAUUGUCGAUCGCCUAAUCAAGAUGUGUGAGAGAGACUUCAACAUCAUUUCUGUGGACCAGUCCCUUAACACCUCACGGCUUAGGCCUGACCUCCUUGUUGAAAGGGAUGGACAACACUUCCUCAUUGACGUUACAAUCCCCUUCGAAAACCACUUGGGUGCCUUUGCUGAAGCGAGAGCCAGAAAGCUUGAAAAAUAUGAAAUGCUCCGUGCUUCCAUCGCCCAAGAACGUGGACACUGCGUGAUCGUUCCAUUCGUCAUAGGUGCACUGGGGUCAUGGGAUCGUGCGAAUGAUAAAUUCAUCAUCAACAUCGCCUGUUCCCGUUCCUAUGCCCGCCUCCUUCGGAUGCUAUGCGUCAGCGAUGUAAUCCGCCAUAGCAGGAAUAUCUACGUUGGACAUUUAAGUGGAAGAAGUGAAGUCACACUACUCACCGAGGCAAAUCCUCCAAAUAAUGAACAAAGCCACUCCCAGGCAAAUGAAAAUUAG